AUGAGUUUGGUUUCGCAGGAACAGCUAAUGCAGAAUCAACAGCAACUGCGACAAUUGGAUGAGCAAAGGCAGAAGCAAGUGGAGCAGACAAAAAGUUUUCAGUCCAAUGCCUCAUCUGCUCGAGAAAUGGUUCAAAGAUUAAGAACAAUUGACCACAAAAAGGAACGUAAUGACCCCUCGAAUCCUCUAUUUAUCCAAAUGCCUACCCGUGGCAAUCCGACUGAAGUUAUGGCCGCUAGGUUCAAUUCUUGGCGAAAUAUAAUUGGAUGUCUCAUUCACUAUUUAAAAGAAACGGUAUCAGUUCAUGAAGAAAUAAGUCGCCAGCAGAUUCGUCUACAUCACGCAAUAAGUUUUCCUUUCAUAACACAAGGGUUAGAUGGCGAGCUUUACCAGCCAAUGCGUGUUGCUAGUGCAAAUGGUUCAUCGUCUGUUGCAAAUGCGGCCACGAGCAUUUUUUCCGGUCUUCAUGGAAAUUCUGCUACCUCACCAGAGGUUGCUGAUUUGUCGAAGCAAAAGGAUGAAUUUGACUUAACAAAAAGAUUUUUUUUACCGUUGGGAAGUGGAUCUAUUCAAGAUUUGCCUACAAUAUUAUAUCAAUAUCAUGCAAAUGCAUCCUUAUUAGCACAAUCUGUGGUUAAGGAGUUAAAUGGAACGAUAAUUCCUCGUUUACAAGACCUUAGAAGAGAUUUGCUGGUAAAAAUCAAGGAAAUUAGAUCACUCCAGAGUGACUUCCGUAAUAAUGUUGACAGAUACCACCAAGAGACGAGAAAUGUGCUCAAGGGCUUUGUUCAGUCCAUUGAUGUUAGCAAGCGUGCUCCAGGUACUCUUCCACCAAGAAAUGACCCAUAUCUUUUAAAAUAUUCUCUUGAUGGUCAGAUAAAACGUCAAUUAACAGAGGAGAAUUACCUACACGAAGCUUUCAUUAACAUUCAGACCUCAGGAAAGGAACUAGAGAAGGUGGUUUAUAUUGAAAUUCAGACUGCAUUAACUGUCUAUGCCAAACUAAUGGGUCAGCAGGCCCAAAAUAUUUUUGACAGAUUGAUCUCCAAACUCGAUACAGGCAUCUUGGCCAAGAAUCCAGGUUUUGAAUGGGAUUCCUUUAUUGCAAAGGAUACGGCUAAUUUCAUUGAUCUUAACACGCCUAUGAACAUCUUAGUGAUAUGA